GUGCCAGGAUGAUGACAUGCUUGUGCAAGAUCCUGGCUGUUCAUCUCGACCAUGAAAAGGGAUUUGGUAGAGCGUUGGUAUUGAUAGCUGAACAUGGGGGAAACGGAAACGGACUUGGUCGAUUCUAUCAAUCGAGACUGUCCAUUUAGUGGCCCGUCAUUGAUGGUUGAUUUUUCAUAAAUAAGAUCAAUCCGUGAUUGUUCUCUACCGUCGCUCUGAAGUCUGAACGCCCGAUCAGAUGGUUAGGACCACCCAUUCCGCUAACAAGUGGGGCUCACCCGACCGGCCUGUUUCUCGGGCGAGCCACAGUACAUGCACUCUACGGCACAACUGAUGAACGGUAAGGAUUUUUCUUUCCAAAAUGACCAAAAUAUCCCCCCAUGCAUCUCUGUUUCUCUCCGUUCCCUCUCGAAAUCCAACUAACGGAAAACAAAACAAGAUGAGACAUCACCGUCCGCUGCGUCGUCUACUCCGCUUCAGUCCAUCUCCCUCCCACCGCUCCUUCGCCACGAGCUACAGCGGCCGCGUCGUGAAAGAAGCCUCAGACGGCCGAUCCUUCGCCAUCGAGGUCGAAGCCCCUUCCGUCCUCCGCGACGUACGGGGAUACUCCCUCCCACGCCGCGACCUCAUCUGCCGCGUCUCGAAAAUCCUCCAAUCCUCACCUUCUUCUCACAUAGAGGAUCCUUUCCUCCAGCUCUCCGAAUACCUUCAAACCCUAACCCCAACCCUAACCCCCUCCGAAGUCUCCGAAAUCCUCAAAUCCCUCCGUAGCCCCCGCCGAGCCCUCGAAUUCUUCCGCUUCACCGCCGACUCCCUUCCCGGCUUCCGCCACGACUGCUUCAACUACAACCGCAUCCUCACCAUCCUUGCCCGGUCGGUCUCGUCGUCCGAGGGCGACCGUGAUCUCAUCCGUAGUAUCGUCGAUGAGAUGGAUCGGUCAGGCGUCCGCGGUAGCAUCUCGACCGUCAAUAUCUUGAUAGGUAUUUUCGGGAGUGGCAGCAAUGGCGGAGAAUUGGAGAGGUGUUUGCAGCUGGCCAGGAAGUGGGAAUUGAGGUUUAACUGUUAUACUUACAAAUGCCUUCUUCAGGCGCAUUUGAGGUCGUAUGAGGUUUCAAAGGCGUUUCGAGUUUAUGAAGAGAUGAAGAAGCGAGGGUAUAAAUUAGAUAUUUUCGCAUAUAAUAUGCUGUUGGAUGCGCUUGCGAAGGAUGAAAAGGUUGAGCAAGCUCAGAAGGUUUUUGAAGAUAUGAAGCAUAAGCAUUGCGAACCAGAUGAGUAUACUUACACUAUACUUAUUAGAGUGAUGGGAAAGAUGGAGAAGUCGGAUGAGUUCCUUGCUCUCUUCCAUGAGAUGAUCACAAAGGGUUGUACUCCUAACCUGAUUGCCUACAACACUAUGAUUCAGGCACUUGCUAAGAGCCGGAUGGUGGAUAAAAUGAUCUUUGUUUUCUCGAAAAUGGUAGAAAACAAUUGCCGCCCUAAUGAAUUCACAUACAGUGUGAUCUUGGAUGUACUAGUGGCUGAAGGGCAGAUCAGUAGAUUAUAUGAGGUUGUGGAAUUAUCUAAGAAGUACAUUACCAAAUCUAUCUAUGCAUUUUUAGUAAAAACGCUGAGCAAAUGGGGUCAUGCGAGCGAGGCUCACAAGCUAUUCUGUAAUAUGUGGAGCUUUCAUGACAAGGGAGAUAGGGAUGCGUACUUGUCCAUGUUGGAGAGUCUAUGCAAUGCAGGAAAGGUGCUAGAGGCCUUAGAUUUGAUGGGUAAAAUUCAUGAAAAAGGACUAAGUACAGAUACUGUCAUGUAUAACAUGGUGUUCUCGGCGCUUGGUAAAUUGAAGCAGAUAUCUCAUAUUAAUACCCUUUUUGAAGAGAUGAAGCGAGAUGGCCCUUCGCCGGACAUAUUUACAUACAAUAUUCUUAUCGCAAGCUUUGGCAGAGCAGGCAGGGUUGAGGAGGCUUUAAAACUCUUUGAAGAGAUGGAGAACAGCAAUUGCAAACCGGAUGUCAUCACUUACAACUCUUUGAUUAAUUGUCUUGGGAAGAAUGGUGACUUGGACGAAGCUCACAUGCGAUUCAUGGAGAUGCAAGAAAAGGGACUGAAUCCCGAUGUCUUCACUUACAGCACACUUAUCGAGUGCUUUGGUAAGUCAAAUCGUGUUGAGAUGGCAUGCAGAUUGUUUGAUGAGAUGCUUGCCGAAGGCUGCUACCCAAAUAUCGUGACAUACAAUAUUUUACUUGACUGUCUUGAGAAGUGUGGCAAAGCAGCAGAAGCUCUUAAGCUAUAUGAGAAGUUGAAGCAGCAGGGCUUGACUCCAGAUUCUAUUACUUAUGCAGUCCUUGAACGUUUGCAAAGUGGAUCUCAUAGGGUUGUGAGAGUACGUAAACAGAUUCCUAUUACUGGUUGGAUUGUUAGCCCUUUAAGGUGAUGGAAGCAGUACAAGGGGCAUAGAAAUUGAUACAUUUUGCGAGUCAAGGUUUUCUAGAUUUUUAAACAUGCUGCAUGGAUAAUGGAACCAGAAGGGAAGAUGGUUGUGUAUUUUAUUAGAUGAGAAAACAUGGGCUUUCCUUGGUUCUCUUCACAUCCAUGAGCAUGCAACAAGAGAUGCCACCUGACUGUUGUCCAUGUGCCAUUAGUGAACCAGCCAUCAGAUCACACAUACUUGUGUCCUUCUCAGUUUAUGUUCUAUAUCUUGAGCAACCCGAGUACCCGAUGAUCUGUCUUUGGACUUUGGAUGCUAUUGUGGUUUCAUUUGAGAUGUUCCCUUGGAGAAGUUGGUAGAAGUUUUCUGGGUGCUGCACAUGGCUGUCAGACCAAUGAUAAACGAGAAGACACAAAAAUUUUAGGGGCAAGCUCCAAGCUGAAGAUGGUGGAUGGUUAAGGGCAUCUUGUGUGCAGCUGGUGCAUUUGUUUGGGGCUAGGAUAUCAUUGAUUGCGCUCUUCCGCUGCAAUCUCUGCAAUUUGGUAUUACUGGGGGUGUCCUACAUUAUCAACCUUUAGAAAUGGAAUUUCAAUACUUGAAAAUCAAUCCUUUCUAAACUGUGGCGGCAACAACGGGAAAUACAUCUUGAUGGCAAUUUGAAGAAUUGGGAAAAAGGAAGGAGGGUUGUUGGUAAUAUCCCAGAAAAAAAGAAGGUCAUUGACUUUAAUGAUAGGAUGUGAGGAGGUUUUUUGCUUCUGACCAGGAUUAGUCUGGUCAUUUUAACAGUAGUAACCCGUCAUAAUUCAUGACUGGGGAAAGUGAAGAUGAUUUUGGAAAGGAUAGCGAAUGCAAAAUACAUUCAAACGCAGAGAGGAGCAUGCCUUGGUUACUCAGCGCCAAGGGGAGAUGACAAAGCUCGAACUUGAAGUAUGCAUAUCCGUUGCUAAACCAGCUAGACAGGGAAGGGAUCGAGAGGGAGGCACUGUAGAGAAUUGCAAAUUCAAGGUUUUGUUGAUCUAGCUCUGUCAUUGCUUUGCGGACAAUACUCUUCUUUUUUGUGAAACUUACAAGUUUAAGGUUGACAAUUCGAGCAUAUGAUUAUAAGGUGAUUUGAGGUGGUUUUGGGGCAGAAGAUUAAUCUGGCUAAAUGGUGAGAUGCUUAGAGUUCAUAUGUUACCAAAAAAAGGAAGAAGAAAAAAGAAGAAGAAUUAGAAUGUUUCGUUGGGUUAUUUGGUUGCAAAGUGGGCUCGUUCCCAUUGACUUGUCUAGGGUUCCCCCUUUAUGUUGGGAUGCCUGCUAAACAUUUAUGGGAAAGAGUGGUAGAAAGAUUUGAGGGGAAAUUGACGACUUGGAAAGGAUGGUAUUUGUCUCUUGGUGGGGAGAUUACUAUCAUAAAAGUGGCAUUGUCAAACUUGUCCCUUUAUUUUAUGUUGCUAUUCACGUGCUCAAGUCGGUUUUAGCUUCAUUUGGAAAGGCUAAGACAUGAUUUUCUUUGGAGGGACACGGUAGAGAAGAAAAAAUUCCAUCUCUUGGAGUCGGGUGAGGUUUGCAUAUCUUUUGAUGAGGGUGGUGCUGGCAUCAAAGAUUUCAAAAUGAUGAAUUUGGUUCUCUUGGGAAAAUGGUGGCUGUGUUUUGGUUUCGAGAGGGGAUCUCUUUGGCGAGAGGUCAUUGAAAGCAAAUAUGGGGUACCUUGAAGGGGGUUGGUGGACUAAGGUUUCUCUGCUUUAUAUAGUGCCAACAGUUUGGAAAGGAAUAUCCAGUAUGAAAGCCAAAUUCAAGCAGGGCACUUCUCUUUAGGUAAUGGGGAGAAGAUUCGCUUUUAGGAAGAUGUUUGGAGAGUUGACUUACCCUUACACAUCAUGUUUCCUUUGGUGGUCUGUCUUGUGCCGGAUCGUAAUAUUAUGGUUGCUAGAUGCUAUUUUGUUCGUGGAGGAUUUGUUGUUUGGGCAUGGAAUCUUCAGGACAACAAAGUCACCAAAUUUCUCUCUAUUUUGGAAUGGUUGCAUCUUUGUUGCCCAUCUGGCGAUGAUUGUGAUAGGAUGGUUCGCUUCAGUCUUUCUAUUUCCUGCUUUAAAAGAAGGGAGCGAAGGUUGCUCAAAUGGGUCAAGUGUGGCAUUAUGGUGCUCCUCCAAAGAUUCUAGCCUUUUGAUGGUUAGUUGGGCAUAAAGAGUUUUUACUAUCAACAACCUUCAGAAGUGAUCAUCCCUAAUAUAUGUCUCAUGUGCAUCUCUAUUACUGAAUCUAUUGAUCAUCUCUUCAUCCAUUGCCCUUCUGCAUGUGGAGUGUGGUCAGCUUUCUUUAGAAGGUUUGUUUUAGCUUGGUCACAUGCCUCUUGACUUAGGAGAUCCUUUUCAGGCUCGGCAUGGGGUGUCUCUUCACAAGGAAGUUAAAAUUUUAUGGAGAUUAUGCUUGCCGGCUGGUUUUGUGGAUGAUUUGGGGAGAAAUAGAUGGAAGGUGCUUCCGAAAUGAAAGCAGCCGGGAGGAGUGGGUUGCUAGUAGAGGAAUGUUUCUUGUAUAUGAAUGGGCUGCUAGCCUAGGAUGCAUUUUUGAGUUGUAAUUUUUUGGGCCUUCUUCCUUGUUUUCUGCUUUUAUGUGGGUUGUAUUUAGUGUUACCUCAAUGCUUCCUUUCAUUUUUAAUGAAAAUUCCUUUGCCUUAACAAAAAAAUAAAAAUAAAUUGUGUUA